AGCAUCGCGAUAGGCAAAUGAGGGGAGCUGUGGUUGGUUGGGUGUAUGCGUAUGAAGCCGGGUAGAGAAGGCGUGAGAGCAGAGUGUGUAGAGUCAGCAAUUGGAGAACACGGGGCAGCGGCGCGCUACUGUAUCAGGCAGCAGUUCCGAGAACUGAGGUGAAACUUUCUAGUUCCCAGGAAGAGCCUUGCUGGCCGCAAAAUCCACUACAAAUCUGCAGCGCUACGGAGCAGUGCAACCCGUACAGCAAUAUAAUAUGACUCUGGAGGAGCAGCUGUCUGGGGAUCAGAGCAUUGGAAAGGACCCAGACAACGUUGUGCUCUGUUUGUUGGCUACUGACGAUACCUACGAUCAGGAUAUCGCUUUACAGAUCCACUUCACCCUGAUCCAGGCAUUUUGCUGUGAGAAUGACAUCAACAUCCUGAGAGUGAGCAACAUGAGCCGGCUAGCUGAGAUCCUGGGCGGCUCUGACAAGCCUGGGGAACCUGCUGAUCUGCAUUGUAUUCUAAUCAACAGCCCACAUGAAUUACAGGUGAAGGAUCCUGCUCUCAAAGAAGUGAUUUGUUACUGCAAAGAGAGUCGUUACCUGGACCAGUGGGUGCCUGUGAUUAACCUGCCAGAGCGAUGAUUAAGUAUGGCGCACUCCUAAUAAUUUUAACUGCAGUUUAAGUGAAUUAAAAAAAAAAAAAUUACUUUCAAGAAGAAAAGUAAAAACACUUUCCAGGACCAGCUUCUGCCAUAAAGCAAGGAUUUCAAUAGCUUGUAUACAACAUCAUGAUGGUGGAUUUUGGAUAUGCAGAAGCAGCGCAGAGGUCGCUUAGAAAAUGGAGGACUGUUGGUCAAGAAGAACUAUGCUGAAUUGCACAUUGCGCCAAUGAGUAUCAAGGAAGAUGAAACAUGAAAUUAAGGAGGGUUGGAAAAUAGUUCAGGCUGCCAUUUGAAAUGGGAAAUAUAUAUUCUGGCUAAUGCAUUGGGGUUUUAAUUUUGUUCUAAAUUCAUAAAAUGUUAAAUUAUUGUUUAUUUAUGCAACUAUACUUUAAUGUAUUCUUUAGGAAACUGGUACACUGACAUUUUUAUGCAUAAAGUUUUUGAGACAAAUGAAAUGUUUUUAAGUUUUUUUUUUUUGUUUUUUUUUUACAAUAAAGCUUUUUGAAUUGA